AUGAAUUGGUUAAAGAAAAUUUUGUCGAGUAAAUUAUUUUACUUAGUACUUCUUGGGUUUGCGGUGUGUUCAACAAUCAUAAUAAUUGUAAUUGUACGACAAACUAAUAGUGCUAAUGAUGAAGUUAUUUUAACAACAGAAGAAACAACAAUAGCAACGACGACAGAAAUAAUAAUAGGAACACCUGAUGGAAGUGGAAGCGGAUCUGGUGAUGACAGCAUGUUACUAUCAUUUGUCAUUGAUGACAGACAUUUGAUUACUCAAAAUGAUAUAUUUUGGAAUGAACAGAAUCCUGAAGAUAAAGAUGACGAUUUGAUAUCUGAAAACUUUAUCAGAGUUUAUAAAUAA